AUGGAAUCAUUGGAGAGUAUUCCAGAAUGGGUUAAAGAAACAGCUGUCAAUUUGACAGGUGGCAUUCGUGUGAAAUCCAACUCUGUCAUUGGAUCCAGAGAUAAUUCAGUUUCUGACGACAAUCAAAAGCCACCAUUGGAAUUAAUGGUCCUCAAUACCUUCUCAUUGACAUCUGACAGCGCUCAAACACCAAAAUCCUGGAAACGACCAUCUCUCUACACUCGAGUCUGUCAUUCUCAAACCUUUCAACAUGCACUCAAUAAGGCGAAAGAACUUUCUCUACCAUUCAUCUACUGUAGUGCCUCUACAGAAGAUUUUGAAAGUGUAAAAUUUGUGAAUUUAGUGUCGCAUGUGCUACUGUGUAAGAUGUACGACAUCAUUUUGGAGAAAUAA